AUGCGUGCGGCCAGCGCCUGCGCCGCGCUCGCAUCCCGCGCGAAAUUGAGCGCCACGUCCCAGCCCGCCUCGGCACAGCGCCAGGCCGCAGCCGCGCCGAUGCCGCAAGAUGGCGGACCUGCCCAUGGAGUUCCUCGACGUCCCCACGCUGCUGCACACCAGCGCCGCCUUCAACCUGAUGGCGGCGCUGGCCUGGCUGGUGCUGGCCAAGGCUUUCCGCAUCGCGCCGCGCGCGAGCUGGCUGAUGGUGGCCAGCCAUCUGAUGCGCGUGCCGCCCCUGAGCUGCGGCGACUGCCUGGCCGCGGCGCCCACCGGCCUGCGGCUGGCAUUGCCCGAGCUGAUGCUGAUGAGCAGCGUCGUGCUGCUGUUGUUCGCGUUGCGGCGCAUGGUGGGCAGCCGGGUGCGGGCACGCCACAUCGCCUGGAUCAGCGUGCUGGGUGCAGGCGGCAUCGUCGCGGGCGUGGCCACGGGCUCGGUGCGCGCGCCACAGUUGGCCAACAUGCUGAGCAUGUCGGUGCUGAGCGCGUUGGCGGUGCGCGAGAUCUGGCGGGGUGUCGGCGACCGGCUGUCGCCGGCCAUCACGGCCUGCACCGCACUGCCGUUCGCGGCGCUGGCCGUCUUGAGCCUGUUGCAGGCUGGCCUGCUGCUCUUCAUGCCUGGCUAUGUCGACCGCCUGAUCACCCAACCCCACCUCGGCGCGAGCCGCGCGCUGGCGGGUCUCGUCGUGACCGUGGGCAUCAGCCUGAGCCUGAUCGCGCUGAUGAUCUGGCGGCUGGUCAUGCGCAUCCAGCACCUGACCCACCGCGACCCCCUGACCGGCGCGCUCAACCGCCGCGCCUUCGAGCAGGCGCUGAUCGAGGCCCAGGCCAACCUCACGCGGGGCCGCGGCUUUGCGCUGGUCAUGAUCGACAUCGACCACUUCAAGCGCAUCAACGACGAGCACGGCCAUGCGGCCGGCGACGCGGCGCUGCUGCACUGCGUGGCCCUCGGCCUGGCCAGCCGGCAGCAAUGGUGGCGGUGGUGGGGCUCGAUGCGCAGCACGCCACCGUCGUCGUCGCAGGCAAGGCACGGCGCCUGCCGCUCGAUGAACUGGCCAGCGCCUGGCGCGGCGAGUUCGCCACCUUCUGGCGCCCGCCGCCGGGCUAUGCCAUUCGGGCCAGCAACAUCGUGCCGCUGCGCGAAUGGCUCGGUGCGCAGCUCGCAGGCCUGCAAACCGCAGCGGGCGGCGCAUCGGCGGCCUCCGCUCCCACGCCCAGCUGGCCGGAGCUGAGCCGUCAGAUCCAAGCCUUCCAGGCCGCUCGCGGCUUGCAGCCCGAUGGCCGCGUCGGCCCCGUCACGCUGAUGUUGAUCAACCAGGCCGCCGACGUGCCCGAGCCGCGGCUGGACCCGGCCUCCUGA